AUGGCGACCUCUGUUUCGCUCUUCCGUCUCUUUUCCUCCACGAAGGCGCCUCUGUCUCUGCCGAGCGUUCUCGCGAGCGCUGCUCGAGAGCGCGCGUUUCUUUCUUCGUCUUUCUCGUCGGCCGCGCUGCGUGAGGGAAGACUUGCGGCUGCUCCGACCUGCUUCCAGGCGCCCGCGGGUCUCGCUCCCCAGAGCCGCUUCUGCGGCCGAACCGCGGGGUCGCAAGUCUCCGGAUUCUCUGUGCAGAGUGCAGACAGCCGCCGAGCCUUCAGCUCCGAGGCAGGCGAGAAGUCCGUCGAAGCCGCGUCGAAAGAUCUGCUCAAGACGAUCCAGAGUGAAAUCCAGCAUGAACAGUCGACCUACGAGCAAGACGCCGAGCUGACGAAAUUCAUCCAGUCCUCCGGAUGGAGCGUCGGAGAGAGCGACAACAACAUGAUGGUGACUCUUCAGCGUCAAGUCGGAAGCAAGAAAGUCGUUGUCGAAUUCAGCUGCGUGCAGAGCGCAGAGGCGCCCACCGAGGAGGGUCCGAUGCCCGAGAUGUCGGACUUCACCGUGACGAUCACCAACCCCGACGAGUCGGGGGUGACGUUCUACUGCAGCACGACGCAAGACGAAGAAGACAAGUUCCGCUACUGCAUUGGACAAGUCCGUUUCUUCAAGAAUGCCGAGGAGAAGGAAAGCCUCAAUGUGUACCCCGGCCCGUACUUUGAGGACUUGGACGACUCCUUCCAGCAGGGGCUCGACGAGUGGCUGUCCAAGAUGGGCGUUGACCCGGAGCUGUGCGACUUCAUCGAUCGCUUCUCCGUCGACAAGGAAAACAGAGAGUAUCUGGCCUGGCUCAAGAAACUAGCUCAGUUCGUGGAGCAUUAA